AUGACCGCGUCCUCUGAUUCGAACGCGGGCAGCUUUCACUCGCCCACAGCGCUGUUGUCGUCACUCGCUGAGGACAAGGAGCAGCUGGACAAGCGGAUGCAACUGCAGCUCUUGACGAUUGCUGGUCUCGUUGUGUUUUUCCUUGGCAUUGCCAUUCCGUUCACGCUCACGCAAGCUGCAUCGGAAAACAAGGUUCAUGGCUAUCAAGUCCUGUACUCGUCGAAGCCGUAUUCCCCCGACAAUGAAUCCCUCGCCCUCGACAUGGUGCUGUCGUCCAUCAGUACUGAGACUUACGAGCUCUCCAUCGCUACAACCAUCAGCGACAUCCCCGCCCGCUUGGCCACCAACGAUACACUGGUCAAGUCGUUUCGGGUCCAAGUCGGCCCUGGCACGAUGGUGAUCAGCCCUGCCACGACCAACGUCAACACGCCGAUGACGACAAAGAUCCCUCUCAUCAAGGGCUCGACAGCGUGGUAUCCGUUUGACAAGUACUUGACGGCAGUCGAUGUCGAGGCAUUCACGGGAACAGGCCCAUUCAUGGGCCAGAAACCGGACGUGAUCGACGUCGUGAUGGAAAUGAAGACCCCCGAAGACUUUAAUUGGCGGUACAAAGUUCGCCGAACCACCCCCGACGACUUUGAUGUCGACGGCCAGGGCAUCCCCACCCCAAAGUCCAUCACAGUCGAAGUGUCGCGCAAGUUCAAUGUGUACGCAGCACUCGUGUUUGUGUGUGUGUGGUCAGUAACGAUAUCCGUUGGGUACAUUGGGAGUUGCGCGGUGAUUUGGAAGCACCGACCCCCCGACAGCCCCGCCAUUUUUGUGUCCGCUCUCUUUGCCGUGCCCACCGUGCGCAACAUGCUCCCCGGUCGUCCCCCCUACGGGUGCUUGUUCGACAUUUUGUGCACAUACUUUUCGAUUGCCGUCAUCUUGGUCUUCCUCGUGUGGGUGUCCAUCGCGUACAUGAAAAAAGCAGAUCCACUGCCCAAGUCGACGGGCACAAGAGCUUCAUCGUGCAAUGGCCGGUGCAACGGAAACCAGUUGGGGGCGUAUCACCUCUGA